UUCACUUUCAGAUUUUGAGUUUUCUAAAUUUAUCACAGAAUUAUUAAGAAUCAAUAUUAUAAUGACAUCUUCGUCAAUGUCAGUAUUUACCUUAAGUUAUCUUGGACAUUCUACUAUUCAAAAAUCUAAUGAUUGUGAACUGGAAACAAUUUAUGAAUUAUUGAUUGAUUAUUAUUUGAAAUUUCUUCGACAAAUAUCGUCUUCAAAACUGACUGCAUCAUCUGUAUCACCAAAUAAUCACAAACCUGUUUUAUCUUAUAAAACAGUAAUGACAGAAAAUUAUGACAGUGUAAUAUUAGCCAUUGGAAAUGGUCAUAUUCUUAUCAAAUCAUUAGAUUACAAAGGAAAUAAAAAAAAGGAUGACAAAUCGAAAAAUUCGUCAGUAUUAUCGUCGUUAUCAUCACAAAUGGAUGAAGAUUUUUCGGCGUAUCAAUUGAUCUAUUUUAACUGUUAUUACUUUGAAGUCGUAACACCUGUUGGGAGUAAUAUUAGUCAUAAUAGUGCUCACACUGGUAACAAUAAUAAGAAUCGUGAUCACUGUUACGCUUAUUUUCGUCGAAUAAUCGAUACACGUCGUUGUAUCCCUGAGGAUGCAUUGAUCAAGUUAGAUAAUCAAAUAACAAGUUGGUUAUUACGUUAUCGCACAGUAUUACGUCCGCCAUUGAUUUAUUUUAUGGUCCCUCGUUUAUCAGCGAACGGUGAGAAUUGUUUAACUUGUUAUGUAUUUCUAGCGGAAAACAUACAAAUCGGUUUAAAUGUUUUACGUUGCUUUUCGGAAUUGCGAAAAUCAUCUCCAGAGACAAAUAUUUUACCGAGAACAUUGUGUAAAUGUGAUGCUUUAAAACCGAUUAAGAGUGGGGUAAUUCAUUAUCAAUCAAAAAAGCUGAAUGAUAAAUUAAAUACAAAUAAGUACGAGAAUUCUCAAGCAAACUAUUUAAAUGUUACAGAACAGAAACAUUGUGAAUGUUGUCAGCAUAAUCUAAAGUGUAAAGAAUCUCCUUUAUUAUCAGAGAGAGCAACUAGAUCACAUAUUGACCUGUUACAACGAUUAAAUUAUCCAUCUACAUCAGAACCAUCUAUGAAUGUUGUGUGUCCACAAUGCAAUUUAAAAUAUUAUCCAGUUCAUUCUAAUCUAUGUGAAAAGCACCGAUCAAAGAUAAUCCAAAUGAAGCUUGGUAUUGAAGCAAUGGAUUACUACUAUAAUAACCAUUCACAAUAUCAACAAAAACGUAUCACUAAUUCCGAAAUUUCGAAACCAAAUAAUCGUAGAAGAGAUUAUUCAGCUCCAACACAACUAGAGCAUCGAGUGAAUCAUACACAUAUUGAUCCAUACGGUCAAGAAUGCCCACUUUGUCAGGUUAAUGCCAACAGUGAUUUUAGCACAUCUGAACAUACUGGAAGACCGUGUUGUCGAUAUAAAAUUAACGAGCGUACACGAUCAAGUAAUAGAACUCGUCAAUCUUGUUCAGCACCACGUUAUUUUAUCUCAAAAUUAAGAGAUAAUCCAAAAUACUGUCAUGCUCAUUUAGGUGGAUCGUUAGAAUUGUUGCCUUAAAUGAAACAUAAUAUUUAAUAUUGAAUUAUGCCUAUCCAUCUCUGAAUUUUGUGUGAUUGAAAAAAAAACCAUUAUUCGCUUUUAUCAAGCAUAUCCUCUUAUUUUCAAAUUUUUACUGUAUAAUAAGUUGUAGAUAGUACUCUAUCACAUUUCACUAUUGUUUUAAUAAAAUGAGGUAUAACAAAUUUUGUAUUGCGCUAAUUUUAAAUACAGAUUGCGUAUACGUAUAAAUGUUAUUCGAAUAGUUUUCAUACCCUAUUAACAUGGUGUAACAUUUUCUUUGACGUAGUCAAAUUUUCGUUUUAUUGUUUGACCUUAUUAGGAUAUUAAGUCUCUCUAUUACACUGUUAUUUGUUAUGAUGAUAUCUGUACUGCAUAUUAUUUGUUGUUUAGAUAAAAUUGUAUUACAUUCACUCCUCA